CUUUGGGUGUUCCAAUUCGACAAUGGAAAAUGCUUCUUAGUGAAGGCACUGCUUACCAAUAUAUGUGCGAUACUUUCGACAGCGUCAUUACUCACUACAAGCUUUCUAUUGAUGGUUAUUUUUAUUUCCUCUGCCUCAUGUUACAUUAUAAUUUUGAAUCAUGUCCAUCUUAUUUAACACAAUCUGGGUUUGAUGCAUUAAAGAGAGGUGCUUUAGACAGUAUUAGAAUUCAUAUCAAUUAUAUUGUUGAUGUUUUGAAAGGUUUAAAUGAUAAAGAGUUAACGAAAGCUGUCUUAAUGGAUAACAUAGAUUUGUUUUCAGAAAGUGAGGCAGGGGAAGAGAUUAAGCAGCUAGCAAGAGCUGUUAAGAAAGGUGACUAUGUGUUCUGGAGAUCAAGCGCUAGGCACCCAUGGUUUAAUAAGGUAUUUGUCAAGUAUGGGCUUGCCGUUGAUCCAAUUAACGUUCGAGAACCUGGAUCAGGUACGAAACCUGAAGAAUUUAGUUGUGAAAUCUUUCUUCUAAUGGAAAAGGACCUUUCAAUUUCUCCUCAAGAGGUCGAUUCUGAAGACCUAGCUCAAAACUUUAAGGAUAAAAAAUAUACAGCCUACCAUAGAAAAUGUGUAUAUGCUUGUUAUCAAAUCCAGAGUCAAGAAACUUGGAGAUUUUGA